CAUAGUCUGCAGCUUUCUGUUCAGAUUUCUUUCUGAAGACUGUCUGAAGCUAUUACACCUACUGCACAUGGCCAUUUGCAGAUAAAGUGAAUCACAGUGGAUCUUAAAACAGGCUGCUAGACGCAGAAGAAUGUGGCUCAAAAGUGAGAUUUUGUUCUUAUAUUGCAUUGCAAGUGAAGUUUGGACAUCAAAACAGCUUAACUCUAGAAAAAAUGUUCCCCGAGGACUUUACUCCAUUGAAGAUGGUGGUUCUGUGAAGUGGAACAGGCUGAAAAGAAGUCUGUAUCAAGGAAGGUCCUGCAGGGUACGAGGCUGCUGCACAGGAAGAGAUGAUGACUGCAGCUUUAACAUCAUCUCCAAAGGAGCUAUAUGUUACUGUGACCAGUUCUGUGCCUCACGUUCUCCUGGACCCGUAGACUGUUGUGCUGACUACUGGGAAGUCUGUGACCACCCUGUUGAGCCCACCAGGUCAGAUGAGCCUUGGCCACCUCCAGCAUUGGGUUGUUAUAAAGAUGGCCAAUAUUAUGGAGAAGGAACAAUAAUUAAAGACAACUGCAAUUCCUGCAAAUGCUUCCAAAGUCUCUGGAAGUGUUCAAAAGAAGUAUGCCUUGUUCGCCAGGACUUAAUUCAACACAUCAAUUCUGGAGAUUAUGGAUGGAAAGCUGACAACUACAGUCAGUUCUGGGGAAUGACAGUGGGAGAAGGUUUCAAAAAGCGCCUGGGCACCUCCCCUCCAUCUCAUUCCUUGCUGAAUAUGAGAGAAGCUUCAGGAAACUCAAUCCCAGAAGAAAAAUUUCCUGAAUUUUUUUCAGCCACUUAUCAAUGGCCUGAUUGGAUUCAUGAUCCUUUAGAUCAACGAAACUGUGGAGCAUCGUGGGCUUUUUCAACUGCAAGUGUUGCAGCAGAUAGAAUAACAAUUCGUUCUGAGGGUCAGAUCACAGACAACCUUUCUGCUCAGAAUUUGAUCUCUUGCGAUACCAGGAAUCAACACGGAUGCAAUGGUGGAAGUAUUGAUGGUGCUUGGAGAUACCUGAAAACACAUGGAGUUGUGUCCUAUGCUUGUUAUCCAUCAUUUUGGAAUGAUCACCUGCAGCCAUCAGCUGAAAAUCGCUGUUAUGUGUCAAGUGAAUAUGGAAAAAACUACACAAAGGGGCCGUGUCCUAAUGCUUUAGAAGAAUCCAAUCGGUUAUAUCGGUGUGCGUCUCACUACAGGGUCUCCUCAAAAGAAACCGAUAUAAUGAAAGAGAUCAUGGACAAAGGACCAGUGCAAGCUAUAAUGAAAGUGUAUGAAGACUUCUUCCUUUACAAAGAGGGGAUCUAUAGAUGUUCCCAGAAAGCAGGAUCUAAAUGGAAAACUCAUUCAGUCAAACUCCUUGGGUGGGGAGCGUUACCUGACAAAAAUGGACAGAAACAGAAGUUCUGGAUUGCUGCAAAUUCUUGGGGAAAAUCCUGGGGAGAAAAUGGUUAUUUUAGAAUUCUACGUGGUCAAAAUGAGUGUGAUAUUGAGAAGCUGAUUUUAACUACUUUGGGAUAGCUAUAGCCGUCUACUCUAUCUGUCUUGUACCACAUGCUGCUUUAUGUAUCUACUCUUUCCAUUAUCACAUAUUGAGUCUUUAUAGAGAAAAGUAUAGAGUUUCUCUUUAUAGAGAAAAAAAAUGCCUUCUAUGUAAGUUAUUUUUAUUUUUAUUACUACUCAUUAAGGCUUCCUGACUGGAACACACCGCAGGCAUCACAACACACUCUGAUGUAACUUGGUACAAACAUUCCUUUGUAUUGAAAGACAAGUUGUGUCGAGGACUACUGAAAAACUCGGUGUCUCAAAGAGCAGGAAGCUCCCUCCUCUUUUAUUUACGUCUCACCGCUAUCUUGUUAUAUUAUUAAUGGUUGAUUCAACGGUGCCUGAAAUAAACAGUUACAUUGUUGGCACUAAUUGGCUCAGACAGCUCAAGGUCUUACUGGGUAAAAAUUUCCAAAGAAAUGUAAGCAGAGUUCUGAUCCUGCUACAGAAUAAUUAUUUCCUAUCGUAGCUUAGAUAAGUUGCAUCUAUGUAUUACUAUCUGUUCCUAGAAAUUAAUUUUUUCCUGGCAGGUCCUACAAAGUCAAUGCAUUUAGAAUCAUACAAAAAAUUACUUGCAUUGAAAUGGUAUAUUCUGGUUCCCACAGUCACAAUUAAAAAUUCAAAUUUUUAAUAGUUUAAUUAAAUGAAAAUAAUGAAAGAAAUAUAUUUUCUCCUCAGUUAAGUCUAGAUGAGGCUAAUUCCUGAACUUCUUGCCUUCCCUUCAUUGUUUAACCUGGGAACAGGCACCCGCCACCAUUCCCAAAAGCCUAUUUUCAAUGGAUAAAGAUGGAAAAGACAUUCUGUUAUUUGUGUCUGCUGACGUAUCCACAGCUCAGGACCAGUCCCUGUGUUGGCUAGCAGGAUCAUUAGUGCAGACAGGAAACUCAGAAACCCUUUGACUCCUAAUGCUCUCAUAGCUGCUUCUGUCUAAAGAAAAAACCUACUGGCACACAGCCCCUCCUAUCAGGCAGAAACAGAAAAUCAGAGAAUCAGUUAGGUUAGAAAAGACCAUUAAAGUUAUCAAGUCGAAUUGUAGGCCUAACACUGUGAAGUCCACCACUAAACCAUGCCCCAAAGCAGCACUUCUACACAUCUUUUAUAUACCUCCAGGGAUGGCGACUCCACCACUUCCCCAGGCAGCCCGUUCCAGUGCCUGACAACCCUUCUGGCAAAGAAUUUUUUCCUAAUAUCCCAUCUAAACCUUCCCUGGUACAACUUGAGGCCAUUUCCUCUAAUUGUAUCAUUUGUCUCUUGGGAGAAAAGAUCAACACCUUCCUGACUACAGCUUCCUUUCAGGUAGUUGUAGACAGUGAUAAAGUCUCUCCUCAGCCUCCUUUUCUCCAGAUUAAACAACGUCAGUUCCCUCAGACAGUCCUCGUAAGACUUCUCCAGACCCUUCACCAGCUUCUUUGGUCUUCUUUGGACAUACUCAAACAGGUCAAUGUCUUUCUUGCACUAAGGGGCCCCAAACUGAACACAGUGUUUGACGUGCAUCCUCACCAGUGGCAGUACAAAGGGACAAUCACGUUCCUAGUCCUGACAGCCAGAGCACAUAUCAUAUUAUCAUAGAAUCAUAGAAAGGUUUGGGUCAGAAGGAACUUUAAAGAUCAUCUAGUUCCAAUUCCCGUCUCAGCAGGCUUGAGGACUUUAUUGCUUACUUGUUAAUUAAAAUACAGGUAUUGCAACUAUCGAGAUGAGAAGCAGUUUAUUACUUUCUACCCCUUUUAGUUUCAGUUAAUCUAAAGGCCAGAUGCCAAUAGGAAUCAUCAGUCAUAGAAUUAUCUAUGAAAGAAACAAUCAUGGCAUGUUAAAUUAUCUGGAGAAAAAAGCUGCCAUGAAAUUCCAGUGAACAAAGAAUUUCUGGUGAUACUUUCAGUGUCCUUAAAAGACUAUGCUUCAUUCUUUCUAGGAAAUUAAGAACUUGACUUCUAAUGUUAUGAGCAGAGGAGCAAUAGCUUUUUUUUUCCCAAUAAUUUUUCAUGGGGAUGGUAUAUAACAGAUGUCCUUGCCACUGAAAUAAUGUCUUAAACUAAACUAGAGUCACAAUUCAUAUUGCAUCAUUACUGAAAGAACUAUUAUUAAAAUGUUAGUAUCAUACUGCUGUACAACAUCUUUUCUGUGGUCUCUAGUGUCAUAUAAUAAACUGAAUUUAGACACAAAAACCUUUGUCACUUGAAAUUUACAUCAAAUUUUAACACAAGCAAUUUUAGAAGAUCUAAGUGUUCUGAGAGAAGUAACUUUUCUAGCUUUAGUGAGGUAAACCAGCACUUGAGAGAAAAAUGUACUGAGACAUCUACACAGCUACAAUACAAUCUUUUGGUAUGUAUUGAUUCCAUAAACUUCAAGAUUUCAAGAGAGAAGAAUUUAGCUCUGAAGUGAGCGAAACUGUGAAAAACAUAUCUAGCCAACUGGGUUAUUUUUGGCUUCUUUUUUUAUUUCAAGCUGGUUUGCACUGCUGUAGCUCUUAUUUUUGGCAGUGGCUGUUGCUAUUUUUGAUUUUCUUGUGAGAUCUUUCCAGGAUCUGCUCUGUCAUGUUAAGUUUCUUCAGUGGUGAGAAAAGUAAUUUCUUAGAUCUUGAGCAUAUAAUCAUCUUGCCUUGAAUGAAACAUCAUAUGCAAGUGAAGCAAAUCCAACCAUGUCAAAGCAAUUUAACGGUUUACAAAGUGAUACAGCUCUAAGUACCUUCUGGAGUGAACCGAGUGACGUAUGUGUUCAGGACCCUCUCCAUACUCUCUCAGUACCAUAAAGUUGCUGUCCAUGGAAAUGCUGCAGUAUUUGGAAUUUAACAGGUAUGCAAAUGUGUCUGCACCUGGAAGCCAAUUUGCUCUUUGAAGCCAACUUGACGCUGAGGCAGCUGUUCUGCUGCUGUCCAAAGCACAAGUAAAAGGUCUCCCAGUGCAGGUCUUCUCACUCACAGGGAUCAGGUGACAAAGGGGCUUGGGAGCCAC